AACUAAUGACCGACUAACCCCUCCCGAGUGACUCCCAACGGUAUCUAAAAAAGCAAAUUAGUCACGUAACAAUGUUGCGAAACUAAUGUAGUAACACUUGGCACCCAGCUAUUUCUGUUUUUCCGGUAGGUCUCACUUUUUGUGUUAAAUAGUUAUAUUAGUGUUUUUGUGGCUAGCAGCUUAUCAGAAGAUAUCAAGUUUGUGUCGUUUUUGACACCACUGAGGUCGAUGUUUUCUCAUGGAGGACAGUUAUUAGUCAAGAGGAUAUACGAGUGGGCAAGGACAGACCACAGGAGGUACACACUCGGUUUCUUCGCCAUGGGGAACACCUGCAGUAAUAACCUUGGGAUUCCUCAAGGCAAGGGCCCUCACGCUGUGGGCUGCACUGACUUCAUGAUGGACCACACCGCUCAGGGGACCUUCUUCCGGCUUUACUACCCUUGUCAAGAGACUGAAAAACCUGAAAGACCAGACUGGGUUCCAUGUGUGGAAUAUUUUAAUGGUCUGGCAGAUUUUAUGAAGAUAAACAGGACUCUCAGUGAAAGGAUUUUCAACUACCUCUUUGGGUCCUUUAAGAUUCCCGCCUCCUUGGACGCUCCCUUUAAAUCCAACGAAAAAUGUCCUGUCAUCAUCUUCUCCCACGGCCUUGGAGCUUUUAGGACUUUGUAUUCAGCCAUAUGUGCAGAAUUGGCCUCUCAGGGCUUCAUCGUGGCAUCCGUUGAACACAGAGACGAGUCGGCCUCGGCCACGUAUUAUUUCCGGGAGAAGACAGAGUCGGAGAAAGCGGACAAGACUGUGCCAAUCACCUCGACCUCGGCCCAGGACAACCUGAUUGAAGAGUGGAUGUACUACAGGAAUCUGCAGCACGGAGAGAGUGAGUUCACCCUCCGGAAUAAACAGGUGAAGCAGAGAGCCGAUGAAUGCAUUCUGGCUCUGGACAAACUCACAGAAAUCAACUUGGGGAUGCCGGUGCAAAAUGUUUUAAAAACUAAAUUUGAUUGGACAACGUUGGAGAACUCCAUGGAUCUGUGUAGGAUCGCAGCCGUGGGGCAUUCCUUCGGGGGGGCGACAGCGAUCGAGGCUCUCUGCAAAGAGGUUAAAUUCAAGUGUUGCGUAGCGCUGGACGCCUGGAUGUUCCCUCUGGACGAUGAGAUCUUCCCCAGGGUGAAGCAGCCCAUCUUCUUCAUCAACUCGGAGAAGUUCCAGUGGGCGGGAAACAUCAGCCGCAUGAAGAAGCUGGACUCAGCCGUCAUUCAGAGGAAAAUGAUCACCAUCAGAGGCACGGUCCACCAGAGCUUCCCAGACUUCACCUUCCUGACCGGGAACUGGAUCGGCAAGCUGAUGAAGCUGAAGGGAGAGAUCGACCCGGAGAUCGCCAUGGACCUGUGCAACCAAGCAACACUAGCCUUUCUGCAGCGCCAUCUAGGUCUACAUAAGAACUUUGAUCAGUGGGACCCUCUGAUCGAUGGGCAAGAUCAAAACCUCAUUCAAGGAACUAACGUUACCGUGCUUCAGUCUGCCAUCUGAUCACCUCGUGAACCUGGGGGUCAGCUGGACAGUCCAAAAAGAUCUCAAGCCAGGACUACUCGGCUUUCCGAACGGACAGAGGAUCAACCUUUUGGAGAACGAAUCAAAUGAAAGGAUAAUUUCUACCUCAUCAGCAGGAGUGUUUAUUUUUUUCUCCACGGAUAACACACUCACUUAGCGUACCAGCGUUUGUUCCAUGAGGCCUGAAUGUAGCUGAACUCUUCUUCUUUUCACUGUCACAUUAUCAGGAAUUUCUGUACAUAUAUGCUUUCAAUCAUUUUUGUGUGAAUACAAACUGAAAUUAUGUCAUUUUACACAUGAAACCGAGGAUACCCGGCCCGGAGGAAGCCCGGGGUCCCCUUCUGGAGCCAGGCCUAGAAGGAGGACUCGUGGGUGAGCGUCUGGUGGCCGGGCUUGCCACGGAGCCCGGCCGGGCACAGCCCAAAAAAGCAACAUGGGCAACACCUCCGCUUCUCUGUCCCGCGGGCCCACCACCUACGGGAAACAGCGAAGGGGUCAGGUGCGCUGCCAGAAGGGUGGCAGUGAAAGCAGAGGGUCUCGACAGACCAGACCCGAGGGGCAGAAGCUGGCUUUGGGGACGUGGAAUGUCACCUCUCUGGGGGGGAAGGAGCCGGAGCUUGUGCGGGAGGUGGAGCAUUACCAGUUGGAUCUGGUGGGGCUCACCUCUACGCACAGCGUCAGCUCUGGAACCUUACUUCUUGAUAGGGUUGACUCUAUUCUUCUCCGGAGUUGCCCAAGGUGUGAGGCGCCGAGCGGGUGUGGGGAUACUCACAAGCCCCCGGUUGAGUGCCACUUUGUUGGAGUUUACCCCAGUUGACGAGAGGGUCGCCUCCCUACGCCUGCGGGUCAUGGGGGGGAAAACUCUGUUGUGUGUGCUUAUGCACCAAACAGCAGUUCUGAGUAUUCGGCCUUCUUCGAGACCCUGAAAAGAGUCCUGUAUGGGGCUCCCGAAGGGGACUCCUUAGUCUUGCUGGGAGACUUCAACGCACACGUUGGCAAUGAUGGAAACACUUGGAGGGGCGUGAUUGGGAGGAACGGCCCCCCCGAUCUAAACCAGAGUGGUGGUUUGUUACUGGACUUCUGUGCUAGUCAUGGAUUGGCCAUAACAAACACCAUGUUCGAACAUAAGGAUGCUCAUAAGUGUACGUGGUACUAGAGCACCCUUUGCAGAAGGUCCAUGAUCGAUUUUGUUAUCGUAUCAUCGGACCUGAGGCCGCAUGUUUUGGACACUCGGGUGAAGAGAGGGGCGGAGUUGUCAACUGAUCACCAUCUGGUGUUGAGUUGGGUCGAGUGGCAGGGGAAGCCUCUGAAUAGACCUGGUAAGCCCAAACGUGUAAUGCGGGUGAACUGGGAAAGUCUGGAGGAAUCCCAAGUCCAAGAGGCCUUCAACUCACACCUCCGGCGUAGCUUUUCAGGCAUCCCUGUGGAGGCUGGGGACAUUGAACCAGAGUGGGCGGUGUUCAAAGCCUCUAUUGCUGAAGCUGCGGCGGGGAGCUGUGGGUCUCAAGGUCUUAGGUGCCUCAAGGGGCGGUAACCCUCGAACCUUCUGGUGGACACCGUUGGUCAGGGAAGCCGUCCGACUGAAGAAGGAGGUCUUCCGGGAUAUGUUAUCCCUGGGUACUCCUGAUGCAGUUGCAAGGUAUCGACGGGCCCGAAGGGCAGCAGCCUCAGCCGUGGCCAAGGCAAAGCAGCGGGUGUGGGAGAAGUUCGGAGAAGCCAUGGAGAAUGACUUUCGGUCGGCACCAAAGUUGUUCUGGAAAACCGUCCGACACCUCAGGAGUGGGAAACAGGGAACCAUCCAAGCUGUGUACAGUAAGGAUGGGACGCUGUUGACCUUAACUGAUAGUGUGUUAGGGCGGUGGAAGGAACACUUUGAGGAACUCCUGUACCCGACAACUCGGCCCUCUAUGUUAGAGGCGGAGCUGGAGUAUGAAGGGGGAUCAACUCCAAUCUCCCGGGGGGGAAGUCACUGAUGUAGUCAAACAACUCCACAGUGGCAAAGCCCCGGGGGUGUAUGAGAUCCGCCCAGAAAUGCUGAAGGCUCUGGGUGUUGAGGGACUGUCAUGGUUGACACGUCUCAUCAAUAUUGCGUGGAAGUCGGAAACAGUACCGAAGGAGUGGCAGACCGGGGUGGUGGUUAACCUUUUUAAAAAGGGGGAUCAGAGGGUGUGUGCCAAUUACAGAGGCAUCACAUUACUCAGCCUCCCCGGGAAAGUUUACUCUAAGGUGCUGGAAAGGAGGGUCCGGCCAAUUGUCGAACCUCAGAUUGAAGAGGAACCAUGCGGAUUUCGUCCUGGUCGUGGAACGACGGACCAGCUUUUUACUCUCGCAAGGAUCCUGGAGGGGGCCUGGGAGUACGCUCAUCCGGUCUACAUGUUCUUUGUAGAUUUGGAGAAGGCGUAUGACCGGGUUCCCAGGGAGAUACUGUGGGAGGUGCUGUGGGAGUAUGGGGUGAGGGGGUCUCUACUCAGGGCCAUCCAAUCUCUGUACUCGCAAAGCGAGAGCUGCGUCCGGUGAGGGUUGGCCUCCACCAGGGCUACGCUUUGUCACCAAUCCGGUUUGUGAUAUUCAUGGACAGGAUUUCGAGGCGUAGUCGUGGGGGAGGGGGUUUGCAGUUCGGUGGGCUAAGGAUUGUACCCCUGCUUUUUGCAGAUGAUGUGGUCCUAAUGGCUUCAUCGGUCUGUGACCUUCAGCACUCACUGGAUCGGUUCGCGGCCGAGUGUGAAGCGGCUGGGAUGAGGAUCAGCACCUCCAAAUCUGAGGCCAUGGUUCUCAGCAGGAAACCGAUGGACUGUCCACUCCUGGUAAGGAAUGAGGCCUUACCCCAAGUGAAGGAGUUCAAGUAUCUCGGGGUCUUGUUCUCGAUUGAGGGAACAAUGGAGCGUGAGAUGUGCCGGAGAAUCAGAGCAGCGGGAGCGGUACUGCAGUCGCUUUACCCCCCGUUGUGACGAAAAGAGAGCUGAGCCAGAAGGCAAAGCUCUCUGUCUACCGGGCCAUUUUCGUUCCUACCCUCACCUAUGGUCAUGAAGGAUGGGUCAUGACCGAAAGAACGAGAUCGCGGAUACAAGCGGCCGAAAUGGGAUUUCUCCGCAGGGUGGCUGGCAUCUCCCUUAGGGAUAAGGUGAGAAGUUCAGUCAUCCGGGAGGGACUCGGAGUAGAACCGCUGCUCCUUCGUGUUGAAAGGAGCCAGUUGAGGUGGUUCGGGCACCUAGGUGUUCCAGCCACAUCCAGCUGGGGAGAGACCGAGGGGUAGACCUAGGACCAGGUGGAGGGAUUAUAUCUCUUCGCUGGCCUGGGAGCGCCUUGGAAUCCCCCAGUCAGAGCUGGCUAAUGUGGCAAGGGAAAGAGAAGUUUGGGGCUCUCUGCUGGAGCUGUUACCUCCGCGACCCUGACGGAUAAGCGGGAGAAGAUGGAUGAAUGGAUGGACAUCAUGUCUCUGGAUUUGACCUUCCAAAAGAGACCAGCUACUCUAAGAUUGCAGUGUGAUUACGGAAUAACGUCUAUAAUGAUAGCCAACCAAUAGGUGUUGUUAGAAAGAUUGAAGACUUGUAUGAUUUUAGAUCAUUUAUUAACCUAUCCAUGAUAUCAAACUAAAUGUGUCUUUCCUGAUUAAACAGGAGCAGAUACACAGUAUGUAAAUCAAAUGUAUUAAAAGCUUUAACACUAAUAGGCUGCAUUGAGAUACCAUGUGCCUGAACUCUCAGUACUGUCAUUCCUGGGUCAAUGUUCAGCCUUCCACUUUUAUACAUUAAAUGUCUGAAAUAUCUGCCAUAACACAAAUCCAAUAAAUCUGGUUUGUAUACAAA